ACUUGGGUACUGAACAGUGCGCCACAAUAACACUACAGACGGAGCGUGAUACAUACUGAGUAGUGCGUUAGUACGCAGUGAGGAUUCCUUUCAUGCUGUAUCAUAUUUAACAGGAUUUCUAUGUUGGUUUUUUAUUUUUUCCCCAAAACUGUUAUGGACAUGUCCCUACGUUCCUGGAGAUGUACAAGGUGUAAUGUUUAGAGAGAAAUAAGAGUUUUAUAAGAUGUUUUGGGAAGGUAUCUGAGCUCUGGCGUGGUCAUGUGUACUGAAACCUGCUCUAGGCUAGAGGUUUGAAGACUCUUUAUAUGACAUACAGGCAGCUAGAGCUAAAAACAAACAGGUAACCUAGUUAAAGGUUAGUUCUGGUUCAAGCUAACCUGUGCGGAUUGACGAGGUACUGUUAGCUGUGAGUAUUUUUUUGUGUUGCAGUAAACAGCAUGUACAAGCCAUAAGAUAUCUGGUUAAAUAUCGAAUACAUUAGUGUUUAGAAAACAAAACAAAAACAAACCUGACACCAUGAGGAUUUUAAGGACUUUAAUGAGCAACGCAUCAAUCGGGAAGCUUGUUGAUCAUUACUCCAGGUUUUCUCCUUCACCCCUGUCUAUGAAACAGUUCAUAGAUUUUGGUUCAGAGAAUGCAUGUGAGAAGACUUCCUUCAUGUUCCUGAGAGAGGAGCUGCCAGUCAGGUUGGCCAAUAUUAUGAAGGAGAUCAACCUGCUGCCUGAUAACUUACUCAGGACACCUUCAGUGCGCCUGGUGCAGAGCUGGUACAUUCAAAGUCUUCUAGAUAUACUGGAGUUCAAAGAGCAAAAUGCAAAUAAUGGAAAAGUCAUUUCUCACUUCACAGAUGCAGUGAUCAAGAUCCUUAGCAGGCAUAAUGAUGUGGUGCCCACAAUGGCACAGGGAGUGGUAGAGUAUAAGGAGGCACAUGGUACUGACCCUGUAACCAGCCAGAACAUGCAGUACUUCCUGGACCGCUUUUACAUGAGCAGAAUAUCUAUCAGAAUGCUCCUCAACCAGCACACGCUGCUAUUUGGAGGGAAGGUGCAGGUGAACCCAGCACAUCCUAAACAAAUAGGCAGCAUCGAUCCUUUCUGCCAUGUCACUGAUGUGAUCAAAGAUGCUUAUGAAAAUGCUCGAGACUUAUGUGAACGAUAUUACAUGAACUCGCCAGAAUUAAAGCUAGAUGAAUUCAAUGGUAAAGAACCCAGCAAGCCCAUAACUUUGGUUUAUGUGCCGUCUCAUUUGUAUCACAUGGUGUUUGAAUUAUUCAAGAAUGCCAUGCGAGCCACCAUGGAGCUGUAUGGUGAUGUUAUGGAGUACCCUCCAGUUCACGUUAAGAUUGUCCUGGGUCAGGAAGAUCUCACUGUAAAGGUCAGUGACCUCGGAGGUGGGGUACCACUCAGGAAGAUUGACAGGUUGUUCACAUACACAUACUCCACUGCCCCGAGGCCUCAAAUGGACACAUCCCGCGCUGCACCUCUGGCUGGUUAUGGCUAUGGUCUGCCCAUCUCCAGACUGUAUGCCAGGUACUUCCAGGGGGAACUGCAGCUCUACUCGAUGGAGGGCCAUGGCACAGAUGCUGUUAUAUACAUCAGAGCACUUUCUACAGAGUCCAUUGAAAGGCUUCCAGUGUAUAACAAAUCAGCAUGGAAACAUUACAAGACAAUGAAUGAAGCAGAUGACUGGUGUGUGCCAAGCAAAGAGCCCAAAGACAUGAGCACCUUCCGCACAUUGUAGAGGCUCUGUAACAAAUGCACAGCACAUAAAACCUGUUGAGAUUAUAUUAGUUGAAAUGUACAACGUUUCUAUAGAGUAUAAAUGAAAAAUACUUCUAAAUGAAAUGAUUUGAUUUUCACUUACAUUGAUUGUAUUGUCACUUUGAGUGCGUUAUUACGUAUCUAGUGUUAAAAAUCUCAGUGGGAGAGCCUGCGAUAGUCCAAAUGGUUGUUUAGAUGAUUUACGAUUAGAUAUUGGGUGUUACAGUGAUUGACUACUUAUGUUUUGCAGCAUUCAAAUUCUUUACAACUGUUCUUAAUAAGCUCAUAAGUGUUACAAAAUAAAUAAUACUAACUAACAUA